AUGUUUUGCGAUUGCUAUUUACCCGUACUUGGUGGUGGGCUGUUUCCCCUAUUACUAACAUGGAUUUCCUUUCUCUUCUUUACUUUCUUCUGUUUACUUAACUGCUGCGCCAUUGUCAAAUUCACCUUCUACACUGACACACCCGGUCGUAAACGUGAUCGGCAUUAUCAGGUAUGGUUCUCGAAUCGGCGCGCAAAAUGGCGACGGGAGGAGAAGCUGCGCUCGCAAAAGCGGCUAAUCAACCAUGUGGGUGGCGUGGGCGGUGGGGGCGGUAGUGGCGGUGGGCUGGGCAACGGGGGCCUUGGUACCGGCAGUCUGGGCGGCCAAUCGGGCGCCGGGGCGGGCCCGACCGGCGGUGGUGUGAUCGGUAGUAUCGGUUCGGCCGCCAUCUGCUCACCGUCGGCGACGGCCGCCAAGCUGUACCAGUCCGAGUACGACAAUCCGUACGGUGCGGCGGCGGCGGCGGCGGCCGUUGCCUCCGGUCAGCCCACCACCGCCGAUUGCUACAGUAACGCGAUCAGCAAUUCGGCCGCCGCCGUCGGUCUAAUGUCAGCGCAGCCGCCCCGCGACAACUAUCAGUACUUGCUGUCCGAUUCGCUCCAUUCGCUCAGCAUGCCUUACACGUUCCAUCACCGGCUGCCGUGCAGUUCGCCCUCGUCCGUGCAGCCGAUGGAUCUGAACACGCAUUCGGCUGCGUCGGCCGCUGCGGCUGCGGCGGCUGCUGCAUCAGCGGCGGCCUACAGUCAAUCGAUCAACAUGACGGACCUGUCGCAGAUGACGCCGCCGAGUGCGGCGGCUGCGGCGGCUGCCGCUGCGGCUGGAUUGCCGCCGGUUCCGACCCGCCACCUACCCAUCAUCACCAGUGCAAUAGCGAGUGGUGGUAGUGGGGGUGGGGGUGGUGGUGGUGCUAAUGGUUCGGCAGCCGCCGGGGCGGCCAACGAGCUGGAACCGGCGGGUGUGGUGGCGAGUGCUAGUGGUGGAAGCGGCGGUGGAAGUGGAGGAGGUGCCAGCAGUGGAGGAUCAGCUAACAACGGACAGCAGCAGCAGCAGCAGCAACAACAGCAACAGCAGCAACAGCCGCCCCAGCAGAGCGGCGGCCAUUACAUUACGCGGCUAGAAUAAUCUUCAAUCUCGUCGGCGGCAGCUGCAGCGGCCGCA